AUGGCCAGUAGUAGCCGGAAUCCUCUAGUUGUUGGGCGUGUAAUAGGGGAUGUAUUAGACCCUUUUGAAAGUUCUAUUCCUCUCCAAAUUACCUACGGAAAUAGGAAUGUUACUAAUGGUUGUGAGCUUAAACCUUCCCAAGUUGCCAAUCAACCUCAAGUGAGUAUUGGUGGAAACGACCCCAUGAUCUACUACACCCUGGUGUUAGUAGAUCCUGAUGCACCAAGCCCAAGUAACCCCAGUUUUAGGGAGUACCUUCAUUGGAUGGUGAUUGAUAUUCCAGCAACUACCGGGAUUAGUUUUGGUAUGUACAUUAUUUCUAUUCAUUCCAUGGGUCAAAUAGUUGUAGUAUAUAUGAAUUAA